AUGGCUUCUAUACAGUUUCUCCUCAAUCCUCUUCCCAGCCUUCCUAGCUCGGAUCGCUGUCCUCUUCCCACUCCUUCGCCGACAAUCUCCUCAAGCACUGCCAUGCUACGUUCUCCUCGUCAGAAGAAGCAGAAGAUGGCCAAAGAUGCCCCGAUCUUCCAGCGCGGAAAACCCAGAGGCGAGGUGCGCUAUCCUCCUUACGAAGACCGAGACGGCAAGUUUUCUUGUCAACAUCAGGACUUCCGUAUCCAUCCUCUUGGAAAUAUUGCCGACUAUCCAAGACAUAUUCCAUAUAACAGCGACAAGAAAUCAUUUCAGGAAAGGACAGGGCGAGAAAGCUUUGAGGUCUUUCAGUACACGUUCCAGCUUCCGGGAGAAGAAAAACAGUGGACAGUAAUGUGGGACUAUAAUAUUGGCCUUGUUCGAACGACACAUCUUUUCAAAUGCAAUGACUAUUCAAAGACAACUCCAGCAAAGAUGCUAAACCAGAACCCCGGGCUUCGUGAUAUUUGUCACAGCAUCACAGGGGGCGCCCUUGCGGCACAAGGGUACUGGAUGCCCUACGAAGCCGCCAAAGCCAUAGCAGCAACCUUCUGCUGGAAGAUCCGCUUCGCACUCACUCCGCUCUUCGGCGACAACUUCCCAGACCUCUGCAUUCACCCUGACGACCGCGCUCGAUUCGGUCGGAUGGUCAUCGAUCCAGGCAUCGUCCGAAUCGCGACUGAAAAAGCAAACCUCUACCGUAUGCUCGAGCUCCGGUGCUCAACUACGAACUCGCUCAGGGCAGACUACGUCCUGCGUCCUAGCUCUGCCCCAGACAUAGACAGGACGGAUCCAAACCUGGAAAGGGACAGAGUAGCCCUGGGCCGGCACAUCCUCCCAAAAUCUCACCGCCACCAUCACCACCGCAGCAAAACGUCUCCGUCAACUAAUACGUCCUUGGUCGGAUACGGCUCCUCACCUGAGGUGGAGUACUACAGCUGCGGCACAGAACCAUACUGCGUUUCUCCCGAGAGUCCGAUUCGGAGCUCAUUUACGCCAGUGAACACGCCUCGCAGCACGGAUAUCUAUCCUUCCUCUUCAUCCACAAACUUCCUCCGUUCACCACAUGAACUUCUCGCUUCGCUUUCCUCGUCUGCCUCAAUUGCAAGGGCACGAAUAGAAAGGGCCUCAAAAAUAUCAGGAGCAAGAGUGAUCCCCAGUUCCGUGCCAUCUAACGUCACCUCUAUCACAACGAAAGGAAGAGACAAUACCGGCCACAGUGCCCUAAUGGAAGAGAGCGACAUCGACGCAGAUGCCGAGACAGACUCUGGACAUGAACACGAUCUGGACUUCGAGCUCAGCUCGUCUGACGAAUCAUCUACCUCGUCAACUGUGUCCUCAAGCACAAGCAGCGCCAGCUUAGGCUUUGCUGCUAACAGUCGCAAUCGCCCAUACCGUGAUGACGACGAACCCCACCGAGACACAGACGAAGAGAUGGUUGACUACCGUGCACCAAAGAGAAUAGCAACAGCUGGAGCUAGAGAUCGGAGAUGGGGACGGGGAAGGAGAGUCAUUCAUCAAGAGCAUAGUGAUAUCGAGACCUCUCGACGAGCACGAAAACACGCACAGAGAUCAUCAAACGCCAGACUCGUGUGCGAGAUGACAGCCGCCCAUGCCCUUAUAAGUCUCUUGCAUGACGCGACGGGCAGUGACGUUGAUGUCGACACCCACAAUAGACUCGAAUGUGGGCGUAGCCCCGACGGCGGCGUCAAGAACAACCUCAAGGGUUCUUACUUUGGUAUCAGGCUCAACCACAAUCCUUCUACUGAGUCGGGACAAAAGCGACGUCGGGCGUCAGCUUGA